AUGCUAUUCCUUGAGACGGAAAAUAAGAUUAUUAAAGAGGUGUUAGAGGGACGUCUAGGGGAGACAGCUCCUCGCCCCGUGGAACCUCUCGAGAUCCGUCUGUGCGAUUUUGACGAUGUACAGAUUUGCAUAUCAAUUGUGGAAUCUCUCUUGACAAUUUCAAUGACUUAUCCUCCCUACAAGACAUUGGAAGGAUUGGGCGCCAAGCAAAUGUUUGCCGUGACGUAUCCAGAGUUUGAACUCGUUGCUCCGAAAGCAGGCUUUGAUUUUUCGUUGCAAGUUAAUGUGGAUCUGAUUACUCCGUCCAAUGCGGCUUCCUUUAUUGGACGUCUUUCAGUCUUGAAACGCAACAUUUUGGGUGCUCCAUUUGAGCAAUGCUUUGAGGCACUGCAGAAUGGCAACGCGAGCACACUUGGUCCGGUGCAGAUCCCAUACCGUCGUAACGAAAUGAUCUACGUACUUCCUCAGGCGGACCGUAUUGUCAUUGUGUACUCGGUCUGUUUCGAUGACAAAACGGAUCAAGCGAUCGCGCGCGUGUUCUUGCAGGAAUUCGUGGACACCCGACGCACGGUGAACAAUGCACCACCCGUUGCAUUUGGCAAGGACCCACCACUCGAGCUUCGUGGUGCCCCGGGUCUACGCAACUCGCCGGAUCUGGUUGGCUACUUGAGCCUCGCCAUCUUUCCUACCCACGUGGACACGACCGAGAAGCGCAUCAAGGCGGCAACGCUCGUGCAGAGUCUGCGUAACUACCUGCACUAUCACAUUAAGGCCUCGAAGACGUACUUGCAUAUCCGCAUGCGGAAGCGCGUGGAUCUGCUACUGCAAGUGUUGAACCGUGCCCGGCCCGAGAAAGACCAAUCGAAGAUCCAGAAGAAAACCAUCACGGGCCGAACUUUUGCUCGUGCUUAA